AUGAACGUCAUCCUCUGGGCCCACGGUAUUGAGUGGAAUGGCCCCAUAAUCACCAAGCUGGAGCACCUCCGUAAUCGCUCCGGAACUCUUGCAGUCGUCAACAUGAUUCCGUUGGUAAUCAUGAGCGGACGGAAUAACCCUCUAAUCGGCUGGCUUAAUAUCUCGUACAAUACGUUCAACCUGAUGCACCGCUGGUUUGGUCGCAUCGUCGCCUCCCUUGCAGUUUCUCACGGCGUAGUGGAAAUAACAUCGAUUGUUAUCAGAGGCCAGGAGACCCAUACCCCUGGAUGGGAGUCGUUCUCGGAGACCCUGAAGGAGGUUAGGUUCAUCACCUUCGGAUUGGUUGCGCUUGUUUCAAUCUGCACCAUAAUCCUGACGAGCUGGACGGCUUUCCGCCAUGCUUUCUACGAGACCUUCCUGCACAUCCACAUUGCUCUCGUCUCUCUAGUCAUGGCCGCUCUAUGGAUCCAUCUGGGUGGUCUCCAGCAGAUGACCUACCUGAAAGCCGUCAUCUCAACCUGGGUCAUCGAACGUCUCAUCCGCCUCUCCUCCCUCAUCUACCGCAACGUCGGCCGCGGCGGCACCAACGCCGACGUCGAAAUCCUCCCCGGCGACGCCAUGCGCAUCACCCUGCGACCCGCCCGCCCCUGGACCUUCAAACCAGGCCAACACGUCUUCCUCACCAUCCCCUCCGUCGGCCUCUGGACCUCCCACCCCUUCUCCGUCGCCUGGUCCGACGCCCCGCCCCGACCCCUCCGCCCCGGCGACCUCGAAAAAGGCAUCCGCACCUCCCAACCCACCGCCCAAACCACCGACACCCUCGCCCUCCCCCCAACCUCCGUCUCCCUCAUCAUCCGCCGCCGCGCCGGCUUCACCGACCGCCUCCACCGCAAAGCCCUCGACGGCCCCCACCGGCGCGUCUCCCUCCCCGCCCUCGUCGAAGGCCCCUACGGCGGCACGCACCAAGCCCUCCACUCCUACGGCACCGUCGUGCUCUUCGCCGCCGGCGUCGGCAUCACGCACCAGGUGGCCCUGGCGCGGGACCUCGUCGCGGGCCACGCCGCCGGCACCGUCGCCGCCCGGCGCGUCCUCCUCGCCUGGGUCGUCCGCGCGCCCGACCACCUCGAGUGGAUCCGGCCCUGGAUGGCGGCCGUGCUCGGCAUGCCGGGCCGGCGCGACGUCCUGCGCGUCCAGCUCUUCGUCACGCGCCCGCGCUGCACGGCGGAGAUCCACAGCCCCAGCUCCACGGUCCGGAUGUUCCCGGGCAAGCCCGACGUGGACGCCUUGCUGGGCAUGGAGGCGCGGGCCCAGGUCGGCGCCAUGGCGGUCUGCGUGUGCGGGCCCGGCGGGCUGGGGGACGACGUCAGGGCCGCGGUGAGGCGGAGGCAGGGGGGUGGGAAUGUGGAUUUCGUGGAGGAAGGGUUCGGAUGGUGA